AUGCACAGCAGGUACUCCACCUCCUUUACGCGCAGCACGUACAGCCGCGCAAAGUUCAUCGCCAUACGCGCCUCGCCGCAGAUCGAGCACUUGGACUCCACCGCAACAGGCAGGUUUGUGUCGUACUUGAACAUCUUCAAACUGGCCCGUUUCGUCGUUGGGUCGGGCGACGACGGCGCAGAUUGUGUCUGUGCGGCCUUCCAGGCCUCGGUCGACGCGCUCAGCGGCUCUAUCACGACCUUGGACUCGAAAAGGCUCGUCACAAACGACUUCUUUUGGAAAAACUUGACCGACGGAGACAGAUCCAGCCGUAGCACGGGCUCGAUCUCCUCGGUGACCAGAUGCUUGUAG